AUGGCCCCCAUCAAGCCAGCCUACGAUCCCGAGCUGGCCGUCGUCCUUGACGCCAUCCCGGCAGGCGACAUUACGCCCGAGUCCAUACCUGCGCUGCGCAAGAUGCAGAAUGACGCCGCGAACCUGGAGAUCACCCUUUCCGGAGACGAACCUUUCACACACCACGAAAAGACGUCCACAGGCCCCAAUGGUCCAGUCACGAUUUCCCUCUUCUAUCCCAAGAAUAAGGCCACCACGCCGCGACCCGCUAUCUACCACAUGCACAGCGGGGGCAUGAUCUGCGGGAACAGGUUUACCUUCUUCAAGGAUCCCCUUCGGUGGGCAAAGGCAGCUGGUGCCGUGGCCAUCACCGUAGAAUACAGGUUGGCCCCGGAAAACCCCUUUCCAGCAGGUCUCAACGAUUGCUAUGCUGGGCUACAAUACGUGGCAGAGCAUGCUGCGGAACUGGGUCUCGAUGCGGACAGAUUGAUGGUCAGCGGACAGUCUGCUGGAGCUAAUCUGGCGGCUGCCGUGGCAAUCAUGGCGAGAGACCGGAAAGGACCCAAGCUGUGCGGUAUGCUGCUCGAUUGCGGCAUGUACGACGACCGAGGGAAGACUGCAAGUAUCAAUCAGUACGUCAAGGACGGGACAUGGACGCGAGGCUCGAACGAGACGGCGUGGACGGCGAUACUUGGCAGUCAGGUUGGCAAGGCUAAUGUUGACCCUUUGGCGGCCGUUGCCCGGCAGACGAACUUGGGAGGCUUGCCUCCAGCCUAUCUCUCCGUCGGAUCAGCUGAAGGAUUCCGUGACGAGAAUGUCGAGCUGGCCAAGAAGAUUUGGGCGGCAGGGGGUCAAGCUGAGGUGCACGUGUGGCCAGGAGGCUACCAUUGCUUCGACAUGCUCGCACCAGAUGCUGCGAUUUCAAAGGCUUGUAUCCAGGCCAAGGUGGGCUGGGCAAAGAAGACAUUGAAUGAGCCACUGUCAAAGCUGUAG